CUGAAUACCUCAGCGGCUAAGGACUUGUAUGUCCUCCAAAUGUGAAUGUGUGCCCUUCGUCUGAUAGCGUGCGCGCGUGCGUGUGUGUGUGUUUAUAAGCUGUUGGCUGGGUGAAUGAAAUAUUCAUGGAGGCAUGGUGGGAUUGGCUGCCGUGCAUGGAGCAGGGUUGACGGGGUAGAGCAUAGCACAGCACUGUGUGUUCUGAAGCAGCUCGCCUUCCCUUUUGUAUAAAGAGAUGAGCAGAGGAAGAGAGAACAGACGAGUGUGACAGUGUCGCUGUUCACGCUCGGCUCACAGGCGUCCCUCAUACAGCGCACACAACCGCCAUAGAGAAGGAACUGUGUUACGCCUCUCCUGCUCCUGCUUUGCGGAUGUUUUGGUCUAAAUGGAUGAGCAGAGCAAAGAGGAACAUGUGCUCACGGGUCUAGAUGAAGAGGCGUUGGUUGACCACGGGAAGACCAGCUUCACCACUCUUUCAAACUAUGAGACAGAAGAUUUGGAAAGUCACAGAGCUGUGUACGUAGGGGUCCACGUUCCAUUUGGAAGAGGGAGCAAACGGCGGCACCGCCACAGAGAACGCAGACAUCACCGAAAGAAGAAGGACAGAGACUGUGAGGAAGGAAAGGAAGAUGGAAGAGAGUCCCCCAGUUAUGACACACCUUCACAGAGGGUACAGUUCAUCUUAGGAACAGAGGACGACGACCUCGAGCACAUCCCCCAUGACCUCUUCACCGAGCUGGAUGAGCUGUCCUUUAGACACGGUGGCGCGACCGAGUGGAGAGAGACCGCCAGAUGGCUGAAGUUUGAAGAGGAUGUGGAAGACGGCGGCGAGCGGUGGAGUAAGCCCUAUGUGGCCACGUUAUCACUACACAGCUUAUUUGAACUACGCAGCUGCAUACUGAAUGGCACCGUCAUGCUGGAUAUGAGGGCCAACAGUAUUGAGGAAAUUGCAGACAUGGUCAUAGACAGCAUGGUGGCAUCUGGGCAGUUGAAGGAGGAUUUGCGCACCAAGGUCCGAGAAGCAAUGCUGAAGAAGCACCACCAUCAGAAUGAGCGGAAGCUCAGCAAUCGCAUCCCUCUGGUGCGCUCCAUUGCUGACAUAGGCAAGAAACAUUCUGACCCACUCUUGCUUGAAAGAAACGGAGAGGGCUUGUCCUCCUCACGGCUCUCUCUCCACAAGCCAGGACUGGCCUCCUCCCUCUCCAGCCUGUCCCAGAGACGAGAGUCGAGAGUCUCCGUUCUGCUCAACCACCUCCUGCCCUCCUCCUCCUCCAACACUGGGCUGUCUCCGGGCCCCUCUCCCCACAGCACCCCACAAAACACCCCUUUAUCGUUUCGCCGCUCCCAUCUAAGCCCGUCACAAACCCGUUGCACAGGCCCCGGCCCUCAAGGCAUACCGGAGGUGGUUGUAUCUCCUCCCGAGGACGAUGAGCCGGCAAAUUCUGCGGAGGAGGACGCAGUGUCUCCACAGCUCACCCGGCGAACGUCCUCGGCAUCCCAGAACCACGAGCUGCUGCCCUUAGAAGGACCAAUGGUGUCUCCGCACUCUCUUCCAAACAAUCUGGAUGGAAACAAGGCGAUGGAGAGGAGGCCGUCCAAAGUAGGGGUCAGUAGAGAAAGCAGCAGUGUGGACUUCAGCAAGGUGGACAUGAAUUUCAUGAAAAAGAUUCCUCCUGGCGCUGAGGCUUCAAAUGUGCUUGUCGGAGAAGUGGACUUUUUAGAGAAGCCUAUAAUUGCAUUUGUACGGUUAUCACCGGCAGUCCUUAUCACAGGGCUUACUGAGGUACCAGUUCCCACAAGGUUCCUUUUUCUCCUCUUGGGUCCACACGGUAAAGGACCACAGUACCAUGAGAUUGGCAGAUCAAUGGCAACACUCAUGACAGAUGAGAUCUUCCAUGAUGUAGCUUAUAAAGCCAAGGACCGAACAGAUCUGCUCUCUGGAAUAGAUGAGUUUCUUGACCAGGUGACUGUCCUGCCCCCUGGUGAGUGGGACCCCACCAUCCGAAUCGAGCCCCCGAAGAACGUCCCAUCUCAGAUGAAGAGAAAGAGACCGUCGCACCCUAAUGGUAACGCACCUCCAGCUGGAGAGCUGGAAAAAGAGGACGAUCACCUUGCUGGACCUGAGCUUCAAAGGACUGGGAGGAUUUUUGGAGGUCUGAUCCUGGAUGUGAAGCGGAAAGCACCCUUCUACUGGAGCGACAUCAAGGAUUCGCUCAAUCUUCAGUGUCUAGCCUCUAUUCUUUUUCUCUACUGUGCCUGCAUGUCCCCUGUCAUCACUUUUGGAGGUCUGCUUGGAGAGGCGACGAAAGGCAACAUAAGUGCAAUAGAAUCCCUGUUUGGAGCAUCGCUGACAGGAGUGGCGUACUCGCUGUUUGCGGGGCAGCCUCUCACAAUUCUUGGAAGCACAGGGCCUGUUUUAGUGUUCGAAAAGAUCCUCUUCAAGUUCUGCAAGGAUUACGGCCUGUCCUACUUGUCUCUGCGGACCAGCAUCGGACUGUGGACGGUGUUCCUGUGCAUUUUGCUGGUAGCCACGGACGCAAGCUCCCUGGUCUGCUACAUCACCCGCUUCACAGAGGAGGCCUUCGCAGCCCUCAUCUGCAUAAUCUUCAUCUACGAGGCUCUGGAGAAGCUCUUUCACCUCGGAGAAUAUUACCCUGUCAACAUGCACAACAGUUUAGACAAUCUGACUUUUUACUCGUGUCAGUGCUCUCCACCAGCCAAUGCGUCCGAUCAGCUCUUGCAGCACUGGAACCUAACAGGGUACAACAGCUCAGACUUUAUCCCAUGGAGCAACCUCAACGUUUCGAUGUGUAAAUUGCUUGACGGGGAGUUUGUGGGUCCUGCCUGUGGUCACCAUGGUCCUUACAUCCCAGACGUUCUUUUCUGGUCCAUUAUCCUCUUUUUCACCACCUUCUUUUUAUCAUCGUUCCUCAAGCAGUUUAAGACGGAGAGAUACUUCCCCACAAAGGUGCGUUCCACCAUCAGUGAUUUCGCCGUGUUUUUAACCAUAAUGAUUAUGGUGCUUGUGGAUUAUCUGAUGGGGAUUCCGAGUCCUAAACUGCACGUCCCGGAUCGCUUCGAGCCAACAUCAAAGCACAGAGGCUGGCUGAUGGAUCCAUUAGGAGAAAACCCCUGGUGGACGCUGCUGGUGGCAGCGGUUCCUGCUUUACUCUGCACAAUCCUCAUCUUUAUGGACCAGCAGAUCACUGCAGUCAUCAUCAACCGCAAGGAGCACAAGCUGAAGAAAGGAUGUGGUUAUCACCUGGAUCUCCUUAUAGUAGCAAUAAUGCUGGGUGUGUGCUCCAUUAUGGGCUUGCCGUGGUUCGUGGCUGCGACCGUCUUGUCCAUCUCCCAUGUGAACAGCCUGAAGGUGGAGUCCGGCUGCUCGGCGCCGGGAGAACAGCCCAAGUUUCUGGGCAUUCGUGAGCAGCGGGUCACUGGCUUCAUGAUCUUCACCCUCAUGGGCUGCUCUGUUUUCAUGACCUCAGUGCUGAAGUUUAUUCCCAUGCCUGUUCUGUAUGGAGUUUUUCUCUACAUGGGUGUCUCUUCCCUCAAAGACAUUCAGUUCUUUGACAGAAUCAAAUUGUUUGGCAUGCCUGCAAAGCACCAGCCCGAUCUGAUCUACCUGCGCUACGUGCCGCUGUGGAAGGUUCAUGUGUUCACGCUAGUGCAGCUCACCUGUCUGGUGUUGCUGUGGGUCAUAAAAGCCUCUGCAGCAGCUGUCGUGUUUCCCAUGAUGGUUUUGGCUCUUGUGUUUAUUCGAAAGCUUCUGGACCUUUUGUUUACUAAAAGAGAGUUGAGUUGGCUGGAUGACCUGAUGCCAGAAAGCAAGAAGAAGACAGAGGAUGACAAGAAAAAGAAAGCACAAGAAAAGCUGCACUGUUUGCUUAAGGAGGAAGAAUCUCGACUGGAGGAGGAAGAAGAGCGGAAGAUGAAGGUUCACUUUGAAGGCUCAAACCGGUUGAACAUCCCAGUGAGCUCGUUCUCAGGAAGUUCUGAUUCUGACGCCUUGGUUGUAAAUAUCUCUGAUGAAAUGGUCCAAACCGCAGUGUGGAAAGCAGUGAACUCGAGUGCAGAGUUCUGUGUCCAACCUGUGAGGCGUUCAGGAAGCCAAGAGAAGGUGGCCUGUGUUAGAGUUGAUGUCAGCCCGGAUUCACCAGGAGAGGGCUCCACCACAGAAACCUUCCUGUGAUAAAGGAAGGCUCACCUUCGUCUCCAGAGCCCUCAGCACUUUCCUGCUCAGACGGUGCCUCGUCAUCAGGGCAAAGAGCAAAAUUGAACUGGAGCAGCACAACCCAACUGCGGGGAAACAGACAAGCUCCCACAAAAUGCCCAGAGUCCUACAUGUUCAUCAAAUGUGCCACGGUGCACAUCGUAUCAAACAUCUAGAAGAAAUAUCAAGAAAUUAUGACGUUCAUCCUUCUUUUAGGGAUUCUCUAAAGCUUACCAGUUCUUCUAGAAUAUUUGAAACGCAGAUGCCAAAGGAAGGCCCUUUUUUUUUUCUUCUUUUUUUUUCAGUCAAGAUCUGACAAUUUUAUUUUAUUCGUUGUCUGGUUGUAAACUUAGCUUUUUACCCAGUGAGAGAACUGUACACGUUUUGUUUUACCUCAUUUUUUUUUUUUUUUUUAUGGAACAACAGCUCCAGUGUUUAUUUAACAAACAGUGAUGCACCAUGAACCAGAAUCAGGUCAUUUUCAGUUCAAUCAACGCUAAAUAGCGACCGGCGAGUCAGACGCUCUUAAUUCUAAUCUUUUAACAGUUAGUGAACGCACCAUAUGUAAACACUAUGACUUCCUCUUUAGAAAAGAACAACAAAAAGCUUAAAACACUUUCCUAAGGAAGCUAUUCCAUCUACAGAAAUAUGUUGGCUGAUCAUUCUGGGCUGCCAUGAGAGAACAAGACUUUCAUCA